AUGCAUUUUCUCUGUCUCCACGGCGCCGGUACCAACGGUGAUAUCCUCGAACUCCAAACUGGAGGACUGUACCAAAAGCUCUCCGAGGAUGGCCAUAGGUUUACCUAUGUGAACGGCAGCCAGCCUGCGAAAGUAGAAGAUGAACUGGAGGGCCUUGUCGACGGCCCCUUCUUCAACCACUACUCCCGUGGUGAAUCGCCAGGAGCAACCGUGAUGGAAGCAUUCCAGCAUACAAGAGCAAUUAUUGAAGCCCAAAAGGCCACUGGUGAUCCUUUUGAAGGUGUACUAGGGUUCUCUCAGGGUGCUGGACUUGCCGCAUCCAUGAUAGUUCACCACAGCAGGACGCGCCCGGCGGAACCACCAUUGUUCCGUGUCGCGGUCUUUAUUUGCGGUGCAGCACCCUGGGAGCCCAGUGGAUUGGAGCGUUUGGUGCGAAAGGAUGACUACCCGCUGAAGAUUCCGACUGCGAACAUUGUCGGCAAGUUGGACCAUGUAUUGCCUGAGAGCAUGAAGUUGUUGGAAAUCUGCGAACCAUCGCAGGCUUCUUUCCAUGACCAUGGCAUGAAGCACAUGGUGGCCUUUGACCCGAAAAACACCGAGGAGAUGACCCGGGUGAUUAACGAGGCGAUUGCCAAGGCCUGA